UUACUUAAGAAUAUAAUUUUGAAUACUUGUACCAUUGCAGGCAUCGACACAGCUGGCGGGGUAAGAGUGCCUGCAGGAUACUGUGGCGUUCUUGGAUUCAAAUCUUCUCAUGGGGCUAUUUCAAAUACAGGAAUCAUACCAGUAUCUUCAAGUCUUGACUCUGUUGGAUGGUUUGCCCGCGAUCCAAUCACCCUACAUCGUGUUGGCCAUGUACUCUUGCAACUUCCAUUUGCCACACAACGGAAUCCAAGGCAAAUCAUACUAGCCGAUGACUGUUUUCAGCUGUUAAAGAUCCCCGUGGACCGGAUUACCCAGGUGGUGAUCAAAUCAGCUGAAAAGCUUUUUGGAAGACAAUUGCUGAAGCAUCAGAACUUCGAGAACUAUAUUGAAACUAAAGUUCCUAGCUUGAAAGAGUUUGCUAGGACAAAAGCCGUUGAUAAGGUCCCAACAUCAAGACUACUAGCGAAUGUGAUGCAGCUUCUUCAAAGGCACGAGUUUCUUCAAAAUCAUGGGGAUUGGAUCAACACAGUGAAGCCAGCUAUUGAUCCUGUGAUUUCGUCCCAAAUUUGUGAGAACCCAGAACUAACCAGUGAAGAAAUUGAGAACUUGAAUGCAAUCAGAAACGAGAUUCGAGUGGCUAUUGGUUCACUUCUCAAGGAUGAUGGCAUUCUGGUUGUUCCAACAAUGCCAUCUGUUCCUCCAAAACUUGGUAGCAAAGAGAUAACCUCUGAAGACUAUCAAAAUCGAGCUUCAAGUCUGCUUAGCAUUGCUAGCAUAUCAGGAUGUUGUCAGGUGACUGUGCCGCUCGGACAUCAUGAAAAGUGCCCUGUUUCAGUUUCUUUCAUAGCAAGACACGGUGGUGACCGCUUUUUACUAGAUACGGUGCGGACAAUGUAUGCAUCUUUGCAAGAGUACUCGAGCAUUGUUGCUGAUCCCAAAUCUUCUAAAAAGACUAUCACGCAAGAAGAGUUAGCCGAGAUUGCGAAAGAGAAGGGUAACCAAGCAUUCAAAGAGAAACAUUGGCAGAAAGCUAUUGGUCUAUACUCGGAAGCUAUAAAGCUAAGUGACAAGACUGCUACCUAUUACAGUAACAGAGCUGCUGCAUAUCUUGAAGUUGGAGGCUUUCUUCAAGCCGAAGAAGACUGUACCAAAGCAAUCACCCUCGACAAGAAGAACGUCAAAGCGUAUUUACGAAGAGGAACCGCAAGAGAAAUGUUAAGCGAUUACAAGGGAGCCAUAGAAGAUUUCAGAUACGCACUUGUGCUGGAACCAAACAACAAACGAGCGGCUCUAUCAGCAGAGAGACUGAGAAAAGUAUUCCCGUGAGAGAGCUUCUUUUGUCCGUGGCUCACCGAUUAUUGAGAAAAGAAAACGGUUUGUUCCUUAGAAUUUUCUCCCAAGAGUAUAGGCCAAUUUUGUUACGCUUCUCUUUUGCGCCUGAUAUUUAGGCAUUCUUAUCUAGUAGAUACCUUUUGCAAGUCUUCGCCGGAAAUGGAAAUUAUAUUUUCUA